AUGACCGAGGCGGAAGCAUCAAUCGCGGCGAUCCUGGCUUCGAAGCUCCAGCCUACGUCUCUUCUUGUGCAGGAUAUAUCGGGUGGCUGUGGGAGCAUGUAUGCGAUUGACAUCACCUCGCCGGCUUUUAAGGGGCUCAAUAUGUUGAAGCAGCAGCGUCUUGUGAAUGCUGCGCUGGGAGAUCUCGUCAAGCAGUGGCAUGGCGUGCAGAUACGGACGAGGGUGCCGCCGGAGGAUGAUUCAACGAAAUAG